UAUAUUUUUAUUAGAGAUGAAUUAUUCUGUUGAUUCUUGAAUUUGCUUUUAUUUCAAAUUAUUUUAGGAAUACUCUUGAAUGUGUCUUGGAUUUGGUUUUAUUUGAGCUUAUUUAAAGAAAAGCAUUUGUUGCAAGUUUUAGUUGAAUUUAACAUGCUUUGAAGAUAAUAAAUGGAUUUACUUGUUUGAGCUGAUAUAUUUAUGGGUUUACUUAAAAUUUGCAUGUCUCUGUAAUACUUCAUGGAUUGCUCCCUCAGUUCUUUUUCUCGAAUUAGGUUCCACCUAGCUUAUCAAAGAACCAUCCAUUGCAUGGUUAGUUGAAUUUAACACAUAUCAGAGAUAAUUCAUGGAUGGUUCUCUUCGUUCUUUUAACUCUGGAAUUUCCUUUUAUCUGAUGAAUUUAGAGAUCAUUCUGUUGCACAGGUGCUUGAAUGAGCAUGUGGAUGCAAUACUUCUCGUAUGGUUACUUGGUUAUUAUUAUUAAUUUUUCUCUUUUGGGAGUUCAGUGGUAGAAAUCGAACUUAGAAUGUAGUGCUCCAAUCAUGAACAACAAACAACUCAAACCUGAGCACGGUUCCUGGUUACUUUGGUUAUUUUAUUUUUCUCAAAUUUACUUUUAUCAAAGACUUAUAAAAACACUCAUUGUUAAGUUGCUUGUGCUUUUAGAAAUAUUUCAGUGGAUGGUUCCUCCCUUGAUUCCCAGUUUCUAUGAAUUUACUUUUACGUGAUAUUUUUAAAUAAUUCCUCACUGCAGAGUAACUUGCAAACAUUAUUAGAUGGUUUCCUUGGUUUCUUUCAUUUCUAUAAUUUGCUUUAACAUGAGUCUUUUAAGGAAUCCCUGAGGCAAAAGUUAUUUGAAUUCUUGUAUAGCUCCCUUGUUUCUUUUCAUCUUCUUUUAAAUUUGCUUUUAUCUGAUGGAUCUAAAUAAACCUUCAUUGCAGUAUCUGGAAGUAUCUUUUAGAAACAUUUAUUUGAUGUCUCCCUUGAGUCUUUUCAUUUUCUUCAAUUUUCUUUCAUCUGAGUUUUUUGAGGUACCCUUGGUAUCAGAGUAACUCGAAAUUAGCAUGCUUCAGAUGUUUUUCUUGGAUGGUUCUGUUGGUUCUUUUUAUUUUCUUGAAUUUGUUGCCACCUGAGAUAAUUACAAAACCCUUCACAGAAGGGUCAGUUGAUAAUGUGGAGGCCUUCAAUAGAGGAGUCUUUAAUGGAGGGGCUACUACUGUAUCGGAGAUGAAUAAAGAAUGCAACUCAUUGACAGAAAACAGCCGUGCGAUUCCUUGUGGGCAUUUGAAUGCUUCUCAGUAUGUCAGUUCAUUAGAAGCAAAGCGACCAAUUCGUCAACAAGAUCAAGAACAAUUGGGUGGGUCACUUGAUAAUGGGGAGGCCUUCAAUGGAGGAGUCUUUAAUGGCCUGGAAAACAUGACUUUUACACAACUGCUUCAGCUGGAUGAUCUCGAUGUUGUGAAGGCUCUCAAUGGAAGGGGCUUUUAUGGAGGAUCUCAUACUGUAUCAGAGAUCAAUCAAGAACCCAACUCAAUGACAGCAACCAGCAGUGGGAUUCCUGAUGGUGAUUUGAAUGCUCCUCAGUAUUUCAGCUUAUCAGAAGCAAAGCCACAUAUUGGUCAACAAGAUCAACAUCAGGAACAUUUGAUUUAUCAGAGCCCAUCUAGCUAUCAACAAAAUCAUUGGGGGAAUGAUCCCACGAAUGAAUGUCACAUAGUGGGUCACCGAUUUAUGCCUCAAAAAACAAUGUUGUCACAGAAAAAAAGAAGAUUCCAAUCAAGAAAUCACCUCAGUGACUCAACUUCUGGAUUCCAGAGAGAAGAACCAAAGCAGGGACUAUUGGAUAUGCAUUUGGACAGUAUAUGCACUGGCUCCUACCAUUCACAUUCUCCAUUGAUGAAGCAGCAUGGCAGUGAAGAAGUUCUUAGAAAAUCUGUUCCUUCACAUGGAGAAGAUUUGAAUGCACAAUCUACUGGUUCAGCGAAAUGCCCCCUGUCAAAGGCAUCCUCUCCUCAAAACCAAAUGCUUGAAAAUCCUGCUAGUGAAGCUUCGAAAUGCGUUGAAUGGCUGGUUUUUUUGCACCAUGGCAGCACAUGUUCAGCUCCAGCAGGCCAGUGCUCAUUUUAUCUAUGUGCAUAUGCCCAAAGGAUUUGGAUGCAUUUCUAUUUGUGAACAAAUUCAGUGCCCAUUUCUUUACUGUCGUCGACUGAGGAAAUUGUGGGGGCUCUAUUGCAAUUGUAGCGACCAAGAUUGUCUUGUUUGUAGUUGCGUUUGCAUAUUGAUAUCUUUUCACCAGCCGUCGGAUUUUUGGAAGGUAGAUUUGACAAGGAACAGUAAAGAAGCUCUGAGCUCUGAGCCUUUGGGAGAUGUGCAAUAUCCACCAAAAAGAACGAGGGCCGAACAUUCUUCACCAAUCCAAUUCUUGCCAGAACCUGUUGCCUCAAUACCAGAGGUUUCUGAUCCUGAGCAAGUAGAAGAGAACUUUCAAAAUGAAGGGCCUGCUGUUGUUGAACUUGGAGAUACUCCAAGGUUGUUUUAUUGUUCCUUGACAUCUGCUCAUGGAAAUCCAGGGAUAAAAAUGCAAAAUAGGAAAGAGCCUAAUUGUUGCAGUCCCAAGAUUCUGAGCACUGUGCUUUCAGAAGAUCUGCAGCCUUCAUUAAAAAGAAUGAAGUUUGAGCACUUACAGACAAAAUGUAUUUCACCAGAACCUUUUUCGCAAACAUCACAGUCUUGUGAUCAAGUGCCAGUAAAAGCAAUUGCUGAAAUCGAAGAGCCUGGUUUUGUCGUAGUUAAGGAUACAACAAUGAAGAUGGUAAGUUCCCCAAACUUUUGUCAUGAGAUUCCGGGGACCAAAAAUGGACAAUGGUAUGGAGCACACUACGCCUGGUUUUGUCAUAGUUAAGGAUACAGCAACAAAGAUGGGAAGUUCCCUAACCUUUGGUCAUGAGAUUCCAGGGAACAAAAUGGACAAUGGUAUGGAGCAGACUUAUGAGGUGAAAGAAGGUAUUCCUUUAAUUUCCUCAGGUGAAUUAUCAUCACAAAUCACCUGUGAAAAUCGCACUGAACUCAACAUGUGCAAGAUGGAAAUGAAGCAGGAGCCUGCUAUCUUAUCGGCUGAUUGUGAAGCAGGAACCAUGCACGGGAAGCAAAAGAUACAAGGUGCUUCUUUGCUUGAAUUUGUCACCCCAGAGAAAAUUACUGAUCAUAACAACUCCCUCAGGCAGUGCGUUGGUCUGACUAAUUCAAAGGCAGAACAUUGCCAAGCAAUGGAGAGUUCUGCCAAUCAAAGCUCUUGCCAGAUGUGUGGUAUGGUGAAGCUCUCUUUUGCACCACCUGAUGUGUAUUGUAAUCAAUGUGGUCUUCAUGUCAAGAGAGACGCUACAUAUUAUACCACAAGCACUAGGGAGAAACAAUAUUAUUUUUGUCGUAAAUGCUUCCAUGGAGCUUGCAAGAGAAUUGAAGUUGAGAGGUCUAAGAUUCUCAAGUCUAGUUUUGAUGAGAAAAAGCAUGCUGGUACACUAGAUGAAGAGUGGGUUCAAUGCGAUGGAUGCCAAUCUUGGAAUCAUCAGAUAUGUGCUCUUUUCAAUAAGCGAAAAAAUUAUUCGGAGGAAGCGGAAUAUAUAUGUCCUAAGCGUUACUUAAAGGGGGUUGAAGGAGGAGAACGAAAGCCCUUACCUCAAAGUGCGCUUUGCAGUGCAAAAGAUUUGCCAACAACAUUCCUUAGUGAUCACUUGGAGCAUAGGUUGUUUGAG